UAGUAGUAUUAUGUCUGAUCCCGUGAGCAAAGUUGAUGUUGACUAUUUGCACCGAAUUACAACAAACUACCAUCAUCGGGGGUGGCAGUGCGCUCGUGUGACGCAUUAAGAACUCGAGGCUUCAGGAUUUCAGGACACCGCUACGCAACACACAACAUUCUCAACGGUUUUGUUCGCUGUUGUUUCUCUUCAUUCACUUUUACUUUCAUUUUCGAACCGCGGCCGCCGCAACGUAACCGACUUGUUAUUAUUUAUGUUACCGUUCGAUCUCUUCGGUGCUGCCGUAUCAUCGUCAAAUUUGUGCGAAUCUAAUGUGUACGAGGUGGAGCCAUGGCUCAUUGUGUUGUUGGUGCAAUUUAUUUAUUUCUACGUGUUUACGCUAGAGGAUACCCUAGGGAUUACACCUUAUAGGACUACCAACAUUCUUCGAGUUGUCCCUUAGUAAAUUACCAAAUCCGCCAUGUACUCGGAAGAACAGGAUUCUCACGGCUUAUUAACCUUGCAUUAUGGGAAACAUCAUGCCACAAUAGUCGAUGAGAUUAAAACCUGCUUUACAUCGGAAAAUUUCGCUGACAUGACCUUUAUUUGCGAUGAUAAGACAACGUUAAGCGCGCACAAACUGAUAAUGGCUUCGGCGAGCCCUUUGGUGCGGCGAAUCCUCGGCGAAAGCGCCCAUGCUCACGGGCCCAGCGUAGUCCUGAUGCCGGGAAUCAAAAGUUGCCACCUCCGACACCUCCUCGAUUUUCUAUACAACGGACAAGCCUGCAUCAAGUCCAGCGAGUUGAACAGCAUCCAAGAGCUGUUCGAGCUGCUCCAAAUCAAAUCUGACAUGUGGCAGUCUUCUUCGACGGAAGAGGCCAAAAGUCAGUCGGAAGACAGCAGCAGCUGGACGCCACCAGCUGACAACAACGAUCGCGUGCUGGUCAAAAGGGAAACGGACGACGACGAGAAAGAAGAGGGCGAAAUCAAAGACGACGAUGAAGAGGACACCGAAGACAAUUUGCUCGAUGAAAGCAACAAUGGAUCUCCGAACCCCGUUAACUUAUCCCUCAACACCAAAACUGACGAAGACAAAGAAGAAUACGAUCAUAAAAACGAGAAAUCUGAACAAAAGAGCCCGGAUGUGUUGAAAAUAGGUCAAUCGACGGUAAAAAUAGCACCCAAAGUCCAUGAAUUCCAUCACCAUAGAAUGAAGCGAAAAAGCGUGUACAUCGAGCCGAUAGAUUUGAAACAUCAAGAAGAACUGGCGCAAUUAAAACCCCCGAUAGCCGAGCAAAAGUUGAUGUCGCUCGUCCAAAGCCCCGACAAUUACGUGGUGACGCCGCACAGAAAACGCCGACCGGGAUUUCACAACUCGCCGGCGCAAAACCCGCCGUUCGUUCCUUUCUCGCCAUCGUACAUCGAAGACGCCGGACAUCCGCAUCCGCAUCCGCAUCACAGGUACAAGAGUUUGCCGCCGCUGCUGGCCGCGCACCACCCCUUGUCCCUCUCGGCGCCGCCGUUUUUGGUGGACAGGACGCACACGCCGACGCCCGGCUCGCAUCCCGACACCUCGUCGGCGCCCGAUAACGUGGUGGUCAAGUACCGGCCGCCCAGCGCGGACCAGGGCCUCGCCUCCGAGACCUACCCGUUCGAGCACACGUGGGGCGCUUGGUCCUUCUGCAAGACGCAAGUGAACCCGCCGCCGGGCAACGAGGAACGAGAUCCGCCUGCCUCCUUUUCCUCCAACGCCGUCGACGAGUCGGCCGAAAGUUCUUCGCACGCUACGGGCAGCAACAAGCAAUCCCUCCCGGCCGUGCAAGUUCGCGAGUACCGAUGUGAAUACUGCGGCAAGCAAUUCGGCAUGUCCUGGAACCUAAAGACUCACCUUCGAGUUCACACAGGUGAAAAACCCUUCGCGUGUAGGUUGUGCGUGGCUAUGUUCAAGCAAAAGGCCCACUUGCUAAAACACUUGUGUUCAGUGCAUAGGAACGUUAUAUCCUCGAACGAUGGAAACUCGGGACGUUUUAACUGCUGUUUCUGUCCUCUGUCCUUCGAAUCUCUUCCCGAGCUCAUAAGACACUUAUCCGGGCCGCACAACAACCUGCUGCUCAGCAAGAACAUGCACGAGCUCAAGUAG